UCCGAACCCUGUUCUUAUAACCGCUCCAGCGUCGGACAACCUCUACCUUCCCUCUGGUUCUUCGUUGUAAAUAACCCUAGCGAUACAAUCGCCAAUCGAAGCUAGGUCAGAACACAGACACCCGAAACUCCCAUAUCUCUCUUCCAUCCGCUCCUCCCCCACCCGAAACAAUCCAGAAAGGAGUUUGGUUCUGCACUCUCAGUUUGGAUAUAUUUCACCAACCAGAAAGCAAUGGAAUCCUAUAAGCCUAAAAGCAUCCUCAUCACCGGGGCUGCUGGUUUCAUCGCAUCGCAUGUUGCCAACAGGCUCAUCCGCAACUACCCCAAUUACAAAAUUGUGGUCCUUGACAAACUCGACUACUGCUCCAACCUUAAAAACCUUUCCCCUUCUGGAUCCUCCCCCAACUUGAAGUUUGUUAAGGGUGACAUCGCUAGUGCUGAUCUUCUCCACUACCUUCUCAUCACAGAGUCCAUCGACACGAUAAUGCACUUUGCGGCUCAGACUCACGUCGACAAUUCUUUCGGCAACUCCUUUGAGUUCACUAAAAACAACAUCUAUGGAACUCAUGUUUUGCUUGAGGCCUGCAAGGUCUCCGGUCAAAUAAGGAGAUUCAUCCAUGUCAGCACAGACGAAGUUUAUGGGGAGACCGAUGAGAAUGCCAUUGUUGGCAACCACGAAGCCUCUCAGCUCCUCCCUACAAACCCAUAUUCUGCCACCAAAGCCGGAGCUGAAAUGCUUGUGAUGGCUUAUGGAAGGUCCUAUGGCUUACCCGUCAUAACCACCCGUGGUAAUAAUGUCUACGGACCAAAUCAAUUUCCCGAAAAGCUGAUUCCAAAGUUCAUCCUUCUAGCAAUGAGAGGACAAACUCUU